GAGUUGUCCCUCCCUGCAGGUGGCGCGGUGACUUCGCCAUCGAGGAAUACCGUCUGGCCAUGCACGAGUACGCGGUCGACCGCGCCGCUGACGACGGUGCUCUCGAGCGGGGACCAAGUGCCAGCCGUGUUGUGGAAUUUCGCCUUACGCCCGACGAUGACCUCGACGCCCGUGUGGCUCUGGUCUGGCAGGCCGAAGAUGCGGACGGGCGCUUCGUGCAGGCGCCCGACAGUGGAUGGUGUGUGCGUGUUUCCCCUUGCAAGAGGACCGUUUUCAUUGUGUGUAAGGACUAUGUAGACAAGCACACAAGUCUGCCCUUCAUUUACAUUCUGCACUACGAAGCAUUCAAAUGACUCAACAUGCUGCCUGAUGCGUCCCUAAUCCACGACAAUAGCUGCUCGGCCUUCCUUGUCUCCCUAUCCCUAAGCGCCCGCUAUGCAUGAACCCAUUCUAUGACCGUUCGAUCGUACUUGAUGGCUGAAGAGGUGAACUGAUGAGCA